GCGCGUCGCCGCUGCUGAGGCCGCUGAGCCGCCGCCGCCCCAGGCCCCUGUCCCGGUCUCGGUCGGAGCCGCCGCCUCCGGACCGGCCCCGCCAUGUCGGCCCAGGCACAGAUGCGGGCCCUGCUGGACCAGCUCAUGGGCACGGCCCGGGACGGUUCAGUGUAUCUUUGCCUGCCUACAUCAAUCUGCAAGGGAGUUGCAGAAAAGCCUCAUGUUCAUCGAGCCGAGAUGAAACCAGACAAAGGGUGAAGUUUACAGACGAUCGUGUGUGCAAGAGCCACCUUCUGGAUUGCUGUCCCCACGAUAUCCUGGCUGGAACAAGAAUGGACCUGGGAGAAUGUACAAAGAUCCAUGACUUGGCUCUGAGAGCAGAUUAUGAGAUUGCAAGUAAAGAGAGAGACCUGUUUUUUGAGCUGGAUGCCAUGGAUCACCUGGAAUCCUUCAUUGCAGAGUGUGACAGGAGAACAGAACUGGCCAAGAAACGCCUGGCUGAGACACAGGAAGAGAUCAGUGCUGAAGUGUCUGCAAAGGCAGAGAAAGUCCAUGAGCUGAAUGAAGAUAUUGGAAAACUCCUAGCUAAAGCAGAACAGCUGGGAGCUGAAGGAAACGUUGAUGAGUCUCAGAAGAUCCUGAUGGAAGUGGAGAAAGUCAGAGCGAAAAAGAAAGAGGCAGAGGAAGAAUACCGAAAUUCAAUGCCUGCAUCCAGUUUCCAGCAGCAGAAGCUGCGUGUGUGUGAAGUCUGUUCAGCAUAUCUGGGUCUCCAUGACAACGACCGGCGUCUUGCUGACCACUUUGGAGGCAAAUUACACUUGGGUUUCAUUCAGAUUCGUGAGAAACUGGAUCAGCUGAGGAAAACAGUGGCAGAAAAGCAAGAGAAGAGAAACCAGGAUCGUUUGAGACGGAGAGAGGAGAGAGAACGAGAGGAGAGGAUGGGCAGACGGUCUGGAUCAAGAAACAGAGAUCGUCGAAGAUCGCGCUCCCGGGAGCGGAGGCGGAGACGCUCCAGGUCGGUCUCCCGGGAGCGGCGGAAGUCGCGCUCCCGCUCCCGCGACCGACACCGGCGCCACCGGAGCCGCUCCCGCAGCCACAGCAGAGGGCACCGCCGGGGCUCCAGAGACAGGAGCUCAAAACACAAAUCUUCUAGAGAUCGAUCUUCAAGAGAAAAGUCCCGAGACAGAGAGAGGAAAGAGAAGAGCUCUUCUGAGAGGCGGCACGAGAGCACAAAUGGCAAAUCUCGUUCCAAGAGGUCAGAAGAGAGAGAAGCUGGCGAGAUCUGAACUCAAAUGAUCUGUGUUGCACUGUAAAUAGUCUGAUAAACAUUCUACACAAAGCCUAAAUUUCCCAUUUAUAUUUACUGAAUACAACUCAUCUUUUGUAGUUUGGGAUUUUUAUUGUUUGGCAGAUAGCUGUGAGUUUGUAGAGACACAAGAGUUACGUACUGUUUAACAGGAUUUUGUUUUAGUAGGAAUAAAUAAAUCUGCGUGGAUGGUUUUCAGUCCAGGCCAGUGUGGACACCCCAUGUUUGUCCUGAAGCAGCGAGCGCAGCGCUCGGGGCCAUGCUGUGCCUGGAGCCCUGAGCUGCCCUGACCUUUGUAACGCUUCAGCCCGUUCCAAAAAACCCACCUGACCCUCUGUGAGCACACCAGUAGCACUGGUUCUCAAUUAUAUUUUUUCCUUCUGUUUAUAUAUGUUAAAAAAAAAAAAUCAGAUUUCUUUUUUUUUUCCUUCCUUUUAAUACUUAGCCAUCACAUUUUUAUGUCUCCAGCACUUGAGAGUUGCCUCACUUGCCCAGCUAAGGCAAAAAAGAUAAAAUUUGGCCUUGAUCUAUUCUGAAAGCUGUUUGUCAUUGAGGAUGACCAGAUGAGCUGAACCAUGUCUCUAAGCUGGGCUCAAGUCUGGUUUUAGUACCUUUACAGUUCAGAUAGCUGAGUUGGUGUGAGCAAAGCAGUAGGAAACCUGGCUGCUUUCUUCUCUAGAGAAGCACAGCCACAGCUCCUCUGCCUCUUUACUGUGCACUCUGCAGUCUGAGCUUCCUGCGGGGCCUUCUGACCUACAGACCAGAGCGCUGGUGUGUUCCAAGGCCAGUCAGGCAGUGUUCCGAGGGGCAGGGGUGACUGGGGCUGGAGCCCGUGCCAGUGCGUGCCCCUCCCGGGAGAGCGGCACCGGCCGUGUCCCCACGGCGUGGGAGGCCACUGCCGCUGUCACUCGCUGAUUUGUACCUCGGGUUGUUUCUCACGAGGGCAGGGAGGCACCUGGCUGUGCCAGCCCCAGCCGCGACCCCGGGCUCGGCAUUUUGCGGGAACGAGCGAUGCGAGCGAAGCCGCUGUCACCCAUCGAGGCAGGAGCCGGGCUGCUGCUCGUUAGCGCGUUAAUUGCCGCCGGUAAUUGCCGUUCCCAGGGCCGGGCUCCGGCCGGCGCUCCCCCCUCCCUCCAUUCCCUUCCUCCCCCCGAACGCGGCUCCGGUUCCGCCGCGGUGCUGCCCCGGUGUCGGUCCCUAGUGCAUGCCCCCCUUCCCUGUCCGUUUUUACGAUUAAUUCCGCGGUUUCACGUGUUGUUUUUGUAACCUCCGUGUGGGGCGCGGGGGGCGGCGGGCGCGCGCUCGGGGUGCCCGUACGUGCCUGUGCUGUUCUCCCGCGGUCUGAGCGCAUUAAAGAUCUGUGUUUGUGGCU